UUCGAAUGGCUACCCCACGGUUUGCUUAACGAGAUUAUCUUGAAUCCCAAUUAGUCAAACAACGAAAAGGAAAUGAAUGGCCACCUCAAUGUUGGGCGUGGAUUUGACGUUUUGUCGCCAUUGAAGCUGAAGCUCGACGUGGCUUUUCAACCUUCGUCUAUAUCCUACGGGGAAAGGGGGGAAAAAGAAGAAAUUUCGUUAGAGACUAAAUACCAUGGCAGCCGGUUGGUGCAGAUAUUUCAUCCUGCUGUGUUUACUGCUGUUGUGGACUUUCCUUAUGCCAUCAAUUUUGCUUUGCUGGGGAGGAUGAGAAAUGGUGCUAGAGCUAAAAUUUUCAAGGGGGCUUCAAGGCUUGCUCUGUUUCUUCUUUUCCAAGGUACAAGCUUUGCUCUCAAUGACACUAUACAUGCUAAUGGGUCACUCAAGGAUGGAAGCUUGGUCAUCUCCAAAGGGGGUAAGUUCGCUUUAGGGUUCUUCAGCCCUGGUCGAUCCAGCAACAGAUAUCUGGGGAUUUGGUAUCACAACAAGCCAGGACAAGCUCCUGUGUGGGUAGCAAACAGGAACAAUCCCAUCAAUGGCACUUCAGGAGUUCUAUCAAGCGAUGGAUAUGGCAACCUUUCUCUCUACAGCAGCUUAGAUCAAGAGUUACCAGUAUGGUCUGCAAAUGUUUCGAGGGAAAAAUUUGCAGAAGGGCCAUGUUUAGCUCGGUUGUUAGAUUCAGGAAAUUUAGUAUUGGUCCAGGGUAUAAUUAACAGAAUGAUUGUGUGGCAAAGCUUUAAUCAUCCUACUCACACCUUGUUACCUGGCAUGAAACUAGGUCUGGAUAAGGAAACUGGUUUAAACCGCUUCAUCACUUCAUGGAGGUCACCAGAUGACCCUGGAAUAGGUGAUUUCUCAUUUAAGCUUAACCCAAAUGGCGUGCCACAGCUCUUUCUGUAUCGUGGUACAACCCCCCAUUGGCGGAGCAUCCCAUCAGCCUGGCGCAUACACCAUGAGUUAUAUGAAGAAUUAUUUGAAAUUAAUGAACGUGAGAUACGUUUCUCGUUUCACUCUCGUGAUCCUUCUAUUGUAAUGAUUCCUACUAUGGACAACUCGGGAACGAUGGGGGCGGCGAUGUGGGACGAAGUUGAUGGCCAGUGGAAAGAGUUCUAUUCAGUAACCCAUAAAAAAUGUGAUGUCUAUGGUUACUGUGGUGCUUAUGGAAAGUGUGAACCAAGCAGCCCUUUUCUUUCUGAAUGUGUUUGUUUACCUGGUUAUGAACUAAAGUCUCCAAGCAAGUUUCUUCUAGGAAAUGCAUUCGGUGGGUGUGUCAGGAAGCGGUCAGAAUCCUCAUCUUUUUGUGCGCCCGGAGAAGGGUUUGUGAGAGUUGCAAAUGUGAAGGCUCCUGAUACUUCAGCAGCCGUGUGGGUGGACAUGGGAUUAAAUGAAGUGAACUGUGAGCAAGAAUGUAGAAAGAAUUGCUCCUGCUGUGCAUAUGCUACCACUAAAAUUGAUGGCAAAGGGACUGGUUGUUUGACAUGGCAUGGAGAACUAAUGGAUACAGUAAGCAUGCCCGGCCUUGAUCUUGCAAUCUAUGUUCGUGUCGAUGCUCGUGAACUAGCUGACUAUGCACUGCAAUCUAGUGGCUUUCGUGAACUUAAGUUGAAGUUAGUUGUUCUCAUACCAUCUUUUGCUUCUGUUUGGCUUGUCGGCAUCUUGCUUGCCUAUUGGUGGCUCAAGAGGCUAAAGAAGCGGACAGCAAACGAGAGGCGGAUCAGAAACUUAUUUGAUCCGGGUGAAGAUGGGUCAAACUACUUCCAAGAUUCUUUGCCGACCAAGGAGAUCGAGCGGAGUAAAAUUUAUCCAGAACUACCCUUCUUCAACCUUAGCACGAUACGAGCUGCUACCAACAAUUUUUCCCCUGACAACAAACUUGGACAAGGGGGUUUUGGUUCAGUGUACAAGGGCAAAUUUUCUUCCGGAGUAGAGGUUGCUGUAAAAAGAUCACCAAACAAUUCCAGGCAGGGGCUGGAACAGUUUAAAAGCGAAGUCUUUCUUAUUGCAAAACUGCAACACAGGAACCUUGUGAAGCUCCAUGGUUGCUGCAUUGAGGAACAAGAGCAGAUGUUGGUUUAUGAGUACUUGCCCUACAAUAGUUUGGACUCAAUUCUUUUCGUUGAUCAGACAGGAAGCCCAUUCUUAGACUGGUGUAAACGGUUCAAUAUCAUACUCGGGGUUGCACGUGGGAUCUUAUAUCUUCAUCAGGACUCAAGGUGCAGAAUAAUCCACAGAGACCUGAAAACCAGCAACAUUCUUCUUGAUGCAGAGCUGAACCCCAAAAUUUCCGAUUUUGGAAUGGCUAGAGUAUUGGAAGGUGACCAAGUUGAAGGGAAGACAAGUAGAAUUGGCGGAACCUACGGUUACAUGUCACCAGAGUACGCAUACCUAGGGAAGUUCUCGGUAAAAUCUGACGUCUUCAGUUUCGGAGUUAUGUUGCUGGAAAUCGUGACCGGGAUGAAGAUCAAUGGGUUUUCUCAGGAGGAUCCUGCCUUGAGCUUGAUUGGCUAUGUAUGGGAGUUGUGGAAAGAAGAGAGAGCCGUGGAGGUAGUUGAUCCUUCAAUAGAAGUGUCAAAUGGUGCCCUGAGAUGCAUCCACAUCGGGCUGCUGUGCAUCGAGGAAGAUCCCGUUGACAGACCUGAUAUGCAGGCAGUGGUUGUCAUGUUGAACAGCGAAAUGACACAUCUUCCUCCGCCAAAACGUCCUGCAUUCACUUAUGGGAAGUCCAGAAAAGUCGAAGAAAGAGUGGCAGAAUGCUCGAGGAACGAGAUGACCAUUUCCAACAUCCUUGGUCGCUGAUGUCUGCGACAAUAAACUAAUGUAGCAAAUAGAUAUAUAUAGAGUCUAUGAGAUGUAGUCUUUCGUUGUAGAUUCGUAAUGGAAGGCUUAACUUUUAUAGUGACCUAAGAGUAUAUUUAUGCUUAACGAAUUUGCCAAGUUUCAGCACGCUGAAACCAUUCUUGCGGAGAAUAUGGCGGGAAAGAGAAGAUGGGAAAGAUUCUGGCGGGAAGACGCCAUCGCCAGCUUCUGAGCUUUGAUUCUCUUGCCAUGGAGGGAACUUGAGAAGUCGAGUUCUAAAACUUCACGGGUUUAUCUUGAAUCCCCACGAAAAGGACAACUGUGGCCACACGCAAUUUUUUUUUUUUUUGGAAUGGUGUUGUCUAAUCAAACGCCGUUGAUAUUGAAAAUCUCGAACGCAGCUUUCAACCUCUGUCUACAUCAAAACUGGGGGGAAAGAAGAAGAAAUUUCACACAAAAGAUGCCUUUGACAUUUCAAACAUCUGGUGCUUAUGGGGACCAAAAAUAUCAGGAAGAGUGGCGAUAUUUCAUCCUCUGGCUAUGGUGGACUUUUCCUUCUCCACCAUCUUUGCUCUGCUUGGGAAGAUGAAAGAUAGUGUUGGAGCUAAAAUUUCCAUUGACGAUGAUGCUCCCAAGCUUGUUCUGCUAUCUCUGCUUCUUCUAUUCCAAGGUACAACCUUUGCUUCCAAUGACACUAUAUAUGCUAAGGGAUCACUCAAGGAUGGGAGCUUUGUCAUCUCCGAAAGUGGUAGAUUCGCUUUAGGGUUUUUCAGCCCUGGCCGGUCGAGCUACAGAUAUCUAGGGAUUUGGUAUCAUAACAAGCCAGGACAAGCUCCUGUGUGGGUAGCAAACAGGAACGAUCCCAUCAAUGGCACUUCAGGAGUUCUAUCGAGCGAUGAAUAUGGCAACCUUUUUCUAUACAGCAGCAUAGAUCGAGAGCUUCCAGUAUGGUCUGUUAACAUUUCGAGGGUGUUUCUGGAGGGGUCUUGUUUUACUCGGUUGUUAGAUUCAGGAAAUUUAGUGUUGGUCCAAGAUGCAAGUAAUAGAACAAUUGUGUGGCAAAGCUUUGAUCAUCCAACAGACACCUUGUUACCUGGCAUGAAACUGGGUCUGGAUAGGGGAACAGGUUUCAACCGCUUCGUGACUUCAUGGAGAUCAGCAGAUGACCCUGGAACAGGUGAUUUCUCAUUUAAGCUCAACCCAAAUGGCUCUCCACAGUUCUUUAUGUUCUACCAGGGUACAGUUCCCAAUUGGCGGAGCAUGCCAUGGCCCUGGGACAUAUACCAUCAAUUCUAUAACGCCUCUUUUGUUAAUAACGAACACGGGAUACAUUACUCAUUUCUCCCGAGUGAUCCUUCUAUGGUCAUGAUGUGGAAAAUUGUCAGUUCUGGAACAAUUUUGGCGGUUGCCUGGGACGAAGUUGAUGGUCAGUGGAAGGAGUUCUAUUCAGUAACGCAUCGAAAAUGUGAUGUCUAUGGUUAUUGUGGUGCUUAUGGAAAGUGUGAACCUAGCAGCCCUUUUCUUUCUGAAUGUGUUUGUUUACCUGGUUAUGAACCAAGGUCUCCAAGCAAGCUGCUCCUUGGAGGUUCAUAUGGUGGAUGUGUCAGGAAGCGAUCAAAAUCCUCUUCUUUCUGUGAGCCUGGGGAGGGGUUUGUGAGAGUUGCAAAUGUGAAGGUUCCUGAUACUUCCGCAGCCGUGUGGGUGGACAUGGGAUUGGAUGAAGUGAACUGUGAGCAUGAAUGUAGAAAGAAUUGUUCCUGCAGUGCAUAUACCACGAAGAGUAUUGUUGCGAAAGGGACUGGUUGUUUGACAUGGAAUGGAGAACUGAUGGAUACAGUUAACUUCCCGGCCCCUGAUGGUGAAAUAUAUGUUCGUGUCGAUCAAAUUGAACUAGCUGACUAUGCACUGCAAUCUAGUGGCUUUCGUGAGCUUAAGUUGAAGUUAGUCUUUCUUAUACCAUCUGUUGCCUCAGUUUGGCUUGUUGGUGUCUUGUUUGCCUAUUGGUGGCUAAAGAGGCUGAAGAAGUGGAAGAAGAGAAAAGCGACUGAUAGGCGAAUUCGAAACUUAUUUCAUCCGGGUGAAGAUGGUUCAAAUUACUUCCAAGAUUCUCCUGUGAUCAAGGAGAUCACGCGAAGUAAAAUUUAUCCAGAACUACCAUUUUUCAGCCUUAGCACUAUUCUUGCUGCUACCAACAAUUUUUCCCCUGAUAACAAACUUGGACAAGGGGGAUUUGGUUCAGUGUACAAGGGGAAAUUAAAUUCUGGAGAAGAGGUUGCUGUAAAAAGGUCGCCAAAAAAUGCCAAGGGGCUGGAACAAUUUAAAAGUGAAUUCUUUCUGAUUGCGAAAUUGCAGCACAGGAACCUUGUGAAGCUCCAUGGUUGCUGCAUUGAGGAACAAGAGCAAAUGUUGGUUUAUGAGUACUUGCCCUACAAGAGUUUGGACUCUAUUCUUUUCGUUGAUCAGACCACAAGCCCGUUCUUAGACUGGAGUAAACGUUUUAAUAUCAUACUCGGGAUUGCACGUGGGAUCUUGUAUCUUCAUCAGGAUUCAAGGUGCAGAAUUAUCCACAGAGACCUGAAAACCAGCAAUGUUCUUCUGGAUGCAGAGCUGAACCCCAAAAUUUCCGAUUUUGGAAUGGCUAGAGUAUUGGAAGGUGACCUAGUUGAGGGGAAGACACGUAGAAUUGGUGGAACUUAUGGUUACAUGUCACCAGAGUAUUUGUACCUCGGGAAGUUUUCUGUGAAAUCUGAUGUCUUCAGUUUUGGAGUGAUGUUGCUGGAGAUCGUGACUGGGAAGAAGAUCAAUGGGCUUUAUCAGGAUGAUUCUACCUUGAGCUUGAUUGGUUGUGUAUGGGAGCUAUGGAACGCAGAGAGAGUUGUGAAGAUAGUUGAUCCUUCAUUGGAAGGGUCGAAUGGGGUCCUGAGAUGCAUCCAUAUCGGGCUGCUGUGCGUUGAGGAAGAUCCCUCGGACCAACCUGAUAUGCAGGCAGUGGUUGUUAUGUUGAACAGCGAAACCAUCCCCCUUCCUGCACCAAAACGUCCUGCAUUUGUUUAUGCAAAAUCUAGAGUCGAAGAAACUGCAGCAGAAUGGUCGAGAAACGAGAUUACAUUUUCAGACACCCUUGGUCGCUGAAAAGGGACUCCAGCAAUGCUCUUGUAAAGGAGGCUAGAUGUACCUGGCCUGAUCUACUUGUAACGGUUUCUGAGUGACGAAUGGACAAAAUGCAAGAGCGCAAUUGAAGCUUCAUCUUGAGGGAAGGAGAAUCUCGUCGUAGCAAGCUGAGCCAACCAAUCAACUAGUUUGUUGUUCCUGCACAACUCAAACUCGAACUUUAAUCAAGUACGUUGUCCGAAGGAUUGAGACCACAUUAGCAUCAAAAUGGCAUUACCAAGACAAUUUAAUCUCUCUCCUCUGGAGUAAGGAUCAAAGAAGGCUAUCCAACUUAAUGACAAUCAGAAUCUCUUGCUGAGGGGCUAGAACAAUUUAAAAGUGAAGUCUUUUUGAGUGACAAAUUGCAGCACAGGAACCUUGUGAAGCUUCAUGGUUGCUGCAUUGAGGAACAAGAGCAGAUGUUGGUUUAUGAGUACUUUCCCUACAAGAGUUUGGACUCUCUUCGUUUUAUGUCAUCAUGGUGUCAUGGAAUGCUGUAAAGAAAGUUGGUCGCUAGAAGGGUACAUUGAUCUAUCAGAAUGCUGAUUUGGUAUGGAUUAUAAGCUAGAUCAUAUAUUUCCUCCGUGAGUUAUGUGACACAUCGAAGGCACUUUUCACUACAUGGAUUGCAGUCAUCCUCUUGUAGAGGAGGCCAUUGGUUCCUGGACGGAUCCACUUGUAAAAGUAUUGAACCAAUGGGAAAACAAUGUGUUAUAGAUGAUAUGUCGCGGAGCGAUACAAUGUGUGUUUCUUUAAAUCUCUUCUGCUAGCAGUAGUUAAAGCUUCAUCUGCAGAGGAGCCCAGGGAUAAAGAAAAUGGGGCCUUCCAAUUUAACGACGGUCAGAAUUUCGUCUUGAGCAGCAAGUCAGGGCACUUCAAGAAAUGCAUAUGGUUCAGCUUAAAUUGGGUAUGAAUACAGGAGGCUCUCAACCUUGUCACACACCUCACUGACCGAUGUAGCAAUGACGAUCUCAUAAACCAGCAAUUAUGGUUCAAAGACGAAAUCAUUAUCACAAGGAAUGCGCGAGAGAAAUGGCUCUUUUAUGUGUCAUAAUUAGGGCUUGCUUGUUGAAUGUUUUCUACUGACUUCGUUGGUUGAUAUG